AUGGCUCUACUAAGAUUGCUCUGGAAAAGAGAGGAGAAAGUAGGCAUUUUACAAAGUUUGGCCCAGUUGAUGAAAAUCAUACAGCUAAGACAAGCAGUGAAAUAUAUUUGCCAGGUCCAGGUCCAUUCUGUCCGCAAUGAAAAUACCAUCCCUGCUUUGCUCAGGAACGCCAAGCAAGACGUUGAUGAUGAGUAUGGUGUGUCUCAGGCCCUGGCCAGGGGGUUGCAGUCUUACUAUGCUGUGGCUCACGCAGUCACUGAAAGGGUGGACAAACAGUCCUCCCUCAUGGUGAACGGUGUCCUCAAACAGUAUCAGAUCAAAGGUUUAGAAUGGCUGGUAUCGUUGUACAAUAACAAUCUCAAUGGCAUCCUGGCCGACGAAAUGGGCCUGGGUAAGACAAUCCAGACCAUUGCUUUAAUUACAUACCUCAUGGAGCACAAACGAAUCAACGGACCCUUCCUCAUCAUAGUACCUCUGUCAACUCUAUCAAAUUGGGCCUAUGAAUUUGAUAAGUGGGCUCCUUCUGUGGUUAAAGUCUCAUAUAAGGUAAAUAUCAAGAUUGGGAUUUUCAUACUCUUUCUCGUGAUCUGAAGUGGCAUUUCAGUGCUAUUUUCUGUCCUUGGAUGUAUGGAUAAAAGUAUCUCAUUGCUGUAUCACUCCUGUGUGUAAGGCCUGAAUGUCUUCAUCAGAUCUUCCACCUCCAAUCAGCUUUUUAGUUCCUGA